AUGUCCGGCCUCCUCGACAAGAUCAAGAACACGGUAGAGGGCCAGCUCCAGAGCGGCCAGAGUGGCCAGAGCGGCGGCCAGUACGGCCAGCAAGGCUCGGGCUACGGCGGAAACGACAGCUACGGCUCCAACACUGGCAGCGGCCGCGACUCGGACAACCAGUACGGUUCGGGUAACACUGGCAGCAGCGGCUUCGGCAGCGGCCGCGACUCGGACAACCAGUACGGCUCCGGAAACACUGGCAGCAGCGGCUUCGGCAGCGGCCGUGACUCGGACAACCAGUACGGUUCGGGCAACACCGGCAGCUCCGGCUUCGGCAGCGGCGGCCGCGACUCGGACAACUCUUUCGGUUCGGGCACCACCGGCCGCCAGACCGGCAGCUUCGGCGACAAUGACAACUCGUACGGUUCGUCGGGCCGUACUGGCCGUGACGACGACAACUCGUACGGCUCCUCGGGCCGCACCGGCCGCGACGAUGACAACUCGUUCGGCUCAUCCGGCCGUACUGGUGGCCGCGACGACGACAACUCUUUCGGCUCGUCGGGCCGCACCGGUGGCCGCGACGACGACAACUCUUUCGGCUCCUCCGGCCGCACUGGUGGCCGCGACGACGACAACUCUUUCGGCUCGUCGGGUCGCACUGCAGGUGGCUACGGUGGUCGCGACGAUGACAACUCUUUUGGAUCUUCGGGCCGCACCAGCGGCCGCGACAACGACAACCAGUACGGCAGCGGCCGCCAGCAGGGCGGCUUCGGCAGCGACGACAACCAGUUCGGCGGCAGCGGUGCUGACCGCGACCAGUACGGCUCGGGCCGCGACAACUACUAA